CAAACAGAGUCUAUCCGCACUUGUAAGUAGAUCUUAAGAUUGGGCUUGGAGGUAAAUAAUGAAUGUUGGGCUUCCUUUUAUGGCUCUUACACAUGAUUGGGCUCAAAACACUCAAUAAGAAAAUUACAAAAAUUAAAAGUUCCCUAAAAAAAAUCCUGAAUAAACCGCUGUUUUCCCCCGUAACCAGAAACUGCCGGCAAUGAUCUGCUAAUGAGAUUCUCUCUCCUCCGCCAUAACCAUCACCUUCUUCAACUUCCAAAGCUCUCAUUCAUGGCUUCUCUAACAACUCAACCACCACUACCAUCAACGGCCCAAGAAGAGAACCACGACGAGCUCCUCUGCUCUUCCGGUCCUACACUAUCGGAGGUGAGAGAAGAUAAGGUGGAGGGGAAAGGACUCUCUUUGGGCCAGCCCAAUGGGUACUUAACCGGGGAAGCUCGGAUAGAGCGGGCUUGGUCCCAUUGGAAGAAGUUGGGCCGGCCUAAAUUGAUAGUUGCUCCCAUGGUUGAUUGCUCUGAACUUCCGUUUAGGAUGCUUUGCCGCAAGUAUGGAGCUCAGGCUGCUUAUACUCCAAUGUUGCAUUCUAGAAUCUUCUCUGAGACCGAGAAGUAUCGCGCUUCGGAGUUCACUACUUGCCAGGAGGACCGCCCAUUGUUUGUCCAGUUCUGUGCAAAUGAUCCAGAUGUUUUACUUGAAGCAGCCCGAAUGGUGGAACCGUUUUGUGACUAUGUUGAUAUCAAUUUGGGCUGUCCUCAGCGUAUUGCUCGAAGAGGUAAUUAUGGAGCAUUUUUGAUGGAGAAGCUGCCUCUUGUAAAAUCUUUAGUGGAAAAACUGGCUCAAAACCUCGAAGUUCCUGUUUCUUGCAAAAUCAGAAUCUUCCCAGAUUUACAGGAUACAAUCAACUAUGCAAAGAUGUUGGAGGAAGCUGGCUGUUCUCUUCUAGCUGUUCAUGGUCGAACUAGAGAUCAGAAGGACCAAAGGAAGAUUCGGGCUGACUGGAGUGCGAUUAGAGAGGUCAGAAAUGCAAUCAGAAUCCCAGUUCUUGCCAAUGGGAACAUUAGACACUUGGAUGAUGUUCACAGCUGUUUGGAGGCAACAGGUGCAGAAGGGGUACUCUCAGCUGAUGCUCUCCUCGAAAAUCCAGCUCUCUUUGCUGGCUUUCGAACCCCUGAAUGGGUAGAUGAAGGUGAAGAAAGCUGUAAAGAUGGAAGCAUAGACCAGGCAGAACUGCUAGUUGAAUAUCUGAAACUUUGUGAAAAGUAUCCUGUGCCCUGGAGAAUUGUCCGAGCACACGUGCACAAGAUGCUGGGGGAGUGGUUUCGGAUGCAACCCCAGGUGAGAGAAGAUCUCAAUGCGCAAUCUAGGCUUACAUUUGAGUUCCUAUAUGGCUUGGUGGAUCGUCUACGGGAGCUAGAUGUUAAGAUUCCUCUGUAUGUGAAGGACAGUACUAAUACAUGAUCCAAAUCCGUUGCAAAAGUUCAAGGAAAUCCUUUGUAUCCAAGACAUUUUUUUCCACAACGUCAAAAUUUUUGAUUUUGAUGUAUUUGGUUUACUUGACCGUUUUCACAAGAUUUUUUUAAAGAGGGAGUUGGUGGCUCACACAAGUCAAUGGCGGCAAGAUUUUGUCAUACUUUGGCUUAAUUGGCUAGAUCUUGACUGCCUCCUUGCGCUGUUGCGCCUGGUAUGUACGACUGCUCGCUCAUCUACUUGAAAGUUGAUCCAUGGCUUAUCUCCUUGGUUUGUGGUAAUGGAUGCUGAAACUCACUUGAUAAAUCCUAUAACUGAACAAUUGCGGACCUUGAAGAAUUUUUUGAAGGAAUUAGGGGCCAAAUUUAUGUAGCAA